AUGGCUUCUCUCAAAGUUCUCUUCACCUCGCCUGAGAUCAACCCUGCCAACCGAAAAGCCCUAACCAUUCCCAUCUUCAACCCAAUCGAUCGAUAUGGCCGAGUCUUCUUCUUCGCCUGCUUUGGUUUCAUGGUCGCAUUCCUGUCGUGGUAUGCCUUUCCUCCACUGUUGACUGUCACCAUCAAAAAAGAUCUGCAUAUGAGCCAGCAAGAUGUAGCUAACUCUAACAUUGUCGCUCUCCUCGCGACCUUCCUUGUGCGAUUCAUUGCCGGACCACUCUGCGACCGAUAUGGGCCCCGCUUGGUCUUUGUUGGACUCCUACUCGCUGGCUCUCUUCCCACCGCAAUGGCCGGUCUUGUCACUGGUCCUAAGGGUUUGAUUGCCCUGCGCUUCUUCGUUGGUAUCCUGGGUGGUACAUUCGUCCCAUGCCAGGUCUGGUGCACCGGAUUCUUCGAUAAGAAGAUUGUCGGCACUGCCAACUCUCUCGCUGCUGGCUGGGGUAACGCUGGUGGUGGUAUCACAUACUUCGUUAUGCCCGCUAUCUUCGAUUCUCUCGUCCACAACCAGGGCUUGCCUGCCCACAAGGCUUGGCGUGUCGCAUACGUCGUCCCCUUCAUCAUCAUCAUUGUCAUCGCAAUGGGUAUGCUGUUCCUUUGCGAGGAUACCCCGACUGGAAAGUGGUCGGAGCGUCACCUGUGGGCCAAGGAAACCUCCUCAGCCGAGUCUGUUUCUCAAGGCAAGGUUGUCGACCUCACCUCCGGCUUCUCCUCCAACGGACCCUCCACUACGCCCUCUCUGUACAACAUGGGCAUGGACGAUAUUGAGAAGAAGGGUGGUGCUCAGACUCCUCGUGUUGUUGACAAGGAUGCUUCGGCUAUGGGUCAGAUCGACACUCUCCGACAAGACACCGUCGUUGCGCCCACUCGCAAGGAAGCCUUCCGCGUUGCAUUCAGUCUCUCCACCAUGGCUGUUGCAAUCCCCUAUGCCUGCUCCUUCGGCUCUGAACUCGCUAUCAACUCCAUCCUCGGAACCUACUAUGACAAGAACUUCCCUACCCUGGGUCAAACCAAGACUGGACAAUGGGCCGCUAUGUUUGGUCUGCUGAACGUGGUGUUCCGCCCCAUUGGUGGUCUUUUGGGAGAUGUCCUCUACCGCUGCACCGGUACUGUCUGGUCGAAGAAGCUGCUCCUGACUUCUCUGGGACUCAUCAUGGGGGCCUUCGAGCUGGCCAUUGGUUUCACCAACCCCCACAAUGAGGGAACCAUGUUUGGUCUUGUUGCCGGACUGGCUCUGUUCCUGGAGGCUUGCAACGGUGCCAACUUUGCAGUUGUCCCUCACGUUCACUCUUACGCCAACGGUAUCGUCUCCGGUAUCGUCGGUGGCUUCGGUAACUUGGGUGGUAUUAUCUUUGCCAUUGUCUUCAGAUACCAUGGCUCCGAUUACGCCAAAUCCUUGUGGAUCAUUGGUGCCAUCUCUUUGGGUGCCAACUUGGCUGUGGCUUGGAUUCGGCCGGUCCCCAAGAUCCCAGUCAUCAGUUCUUGA